AUGACUGAUCCAGACAGCUUCCUGCAGUGCAUAAUAUGGAGGGACAAGCCCAAUGAAGAUUUUCGCAUUUUUAAGUUAGAUACCGUCACCUAUGGAACGAAGCCAGCUUCUUUUCUAGCCAUUCGUUCAAUGCAGCAGCUUGGCCGCGCUGAAGCUCAUGUUUAUCCCGUUGGAGCCGAAACGAUACACCAUGGAUUUUAUGUGGAUGACAUGAUUACCGGUGCAGGUUCGUUGGGCGAAGCAAAGGUGAUAUUAAAUGAGACUAAAAAGUGUUUAUCUCUCGGAAACUUUCACUUGAGGAAAUGGUGUUCGAAUGAUGAUCGAGUCUUGAUGGAUAUUGAGGAUAAUGACAAACAGGACUUCUUAACCUUCGACGACGGUACAAGCAUAACAAAGACACUUGGAUUGGUUUGGGACCCAAAGUUAAACGUAUUCAUAUUUUCCUUUUCACCCUUCGGAAAACCGGCUAAGGUAACUAAACGCACAAUCCUUUCAGCUAUAGCCAGGCUUUACGACCCCCUUGGUUUGAUCGGACCUGUGGUGGCCAAAGCCAAAAUAUUCUUGCAGCAUUUGUGGAAAGAGAAGCUACAUUGGGACGAAAGCCCACCUCAAGCAAUUCAAACAGAAUGGCUAGAAAUAUGCAAUCAAUACAAACUAAUUACUCGUUUUAGUUUUGACCGAUACUUGCUGAUGCCAGAAGCUGAAGUACAACUACAUGGAUUUUGUGAUGCAAGUGAGGCUGCUUAUGGGGCCUGCAUAUACAUACGCGCUGAAAGAGGCGGACACAUCCGAAUCAAUCUUCUCUGCUCCAAAUCUCGCGUAGCUCCACUAAAACCUCUAACGAUACCGAGGCUUGAGCUAUGUGGUGCAUUACUGUUAGCUGAAUUAAUCGCAAAGGUAAUCAAUUCAACGCAUUUCAAAGCAAAGGGAGUAUAUUGCUGGUCUGAUUCCACAACAGUGCUAUCGUGGCUGCGUAGUGAACCAGCUAAUUUCAACGUUUUUGUCGCAAAUCGCAUUAACAACAUUCAAACUCUCACAGCAGGUAUGGUUUGGAGCCAUGUUCCAACAGAUUCCAACCCAGCUGACGUUCUUUCAAGAGGAGCUAGCCCCAAGGAAUUAUUAACCAUGGAUUUAUGGAAAUACGGUCCCCCUUAUCUGGGUUUAGAUCAAUCUAACUGGCCUAAAUCUCCUCUCCUACCAACAAAGGACUUGCCCGAGGGUCGAAAGCGUGCAUUUGUGUUUAUUUCUACUAUAGACAUGUCAUUAAAUUGCAAAUUUGUUAACUCAUUUGAACAAUUACAGAGAGUAUAUGCAUAUGUUUAUCGGUUUUCCAGAAGAGCUGGAAUGAGAUUUUCUGGACCACUCAAAGUAAGGGAAUUACAGGAAGGAACCUUUAUACUUAUACGAAUGAUUCAAAAGGCGCAUCUUCGAGAUGAAUACAAAGCACUCGAAUCCAAAGAGGCGAUAAAGUCUUCAUCUGAAAUUCGUUCGCUCGUUCCCUUUCUCGACGAGCGCGGUUUACUUCGAGUUGGUGGAAGACUUCAGUAUUCAAAUUUGGAUUUUCCAUCGAAGCACCCAAUUAUUUUGCCAAAACGUCACCCGGUGACUGACGCAAUCAUUAGCAGUUUUCAUUGGAAACUUUUACACGCUGGACCUCAAUCGCUAUUAGCAUCUAUUCGUCUACAGUAUUGGCCUAUUGGCGGGCGUAAAACCGUAAGUCGAAUUAUUAACAAAUGCGUUCGUUGUUUUCAUGUUAAGCCUAAGCUUAUGGAACAUUUAAUGGGAAAUUUACCAUCGGAAAGGGUUAAAUGCAAUCGAGCAUUCCUAACUACCGGAGUGGACUUUUGUGGGCCAUUUUUCUACAAAUCGGACGUACGCAAUAGAGCUCCAAUCAAAUGCUACAUUUGCAUCUUUAUUUGCUUCGCCACCAAGGCCGUUCAUUUGGAGCUGGUAAAAGAUUUGGCAACCUCUUCAUUCCUCGCAGCCCUUAAGAGAUUUAUCUGUAAGCGUGGCAGACCGCAAACUAUAUGGUCGGACAAUGCCACCAAUUUUGUUGGAGCCAAAAAUGAGCUAUCGGAACUGAAAAACCUAUUUUCGAGCCAAGGGCAUUUGAAAAUGAUUCACGAGCAGUGUGCGAGCGAUCAAAUUGAAUGA